AUGCAGCCCGGUGCUGAACGAUUAUAUCUUUGCCUCCUCGCCUUUAUUAUUGGAGUCGCCUCUGCAGAAGAAAACCUGGUUCACUGGAUCAGUCCUUCAGCGGGUGAUUACUUGGGUCCUGGGGACACCGUCAUUGGGAAAUGGGCCUCUGACAAGGCGGUCGUCUCCCCAUCGUUCAAAGUGUGUCAAGGUUCAACGCAAUCGAGCGUUAGCUCGCAGGGUGCAGACAGUAGUUCAGGAUCUGAAGCAUGUGGUACUGCGAUGUUUCCUACCGUCCAACAGGAUGAUGGCGCAUUUUUCGUCUCGCUUACUGUACCGAAUGUUACGACGAUUCAGCCCUAUUAUCUUCAAAUGACGGAUAAUUUCGGUAACAUGAACCGAUCUCCUUCCUUUUCUCUGUCACCUUCUGGUUCUGCCCCUGUACCUCAAAUGAAGAAGCCAGCAACACCGCCGACUGAUGAGAGAGCACAGAUACCCAUGACGGUCGAUUCUAAAGCUCCAGAACAAGAGCCUCCCGUUUCGCCGGGUCCAAUAUCAUCUCUUCCCAAUGCUACGAACCCUGUUGCAAAUACGGCUCCUGGUUUGGAUGCCUCCCAUCUCGGUGCUACUCGCAACAACACACCUCCUGCAGCUCUUGCCGUACCUCUCUCAAUCGCUGGGGCCAUUUUGCUUGCGGCGGUCUGUUUUUUGUUACGACAGAGUAAGAUUACAAGAGCAGAGCGGAGGGCAGAUAUGGAGAAGAUGCACGAAGCUUUGAAAGUCCACUCUGACAAGUCUCAAUCUGCAUACAAUCGUCCGGGUGACAUUGAAAGUGGACUGCCACUUGGGAAGAACAUGAACGGCGUACAGGGCUUUGGUUUUGGACCCAUACCAACCAUACAAGCCUUCCCCAUUCCGCUUUUCAUGCCUCCCACAGAUUUAUCUCCCUGGUUCAAAAAGGAAGCUCAACAUGCAGGUCGUUAUACGCCUCCGCCUCUAUACAGUGGUCGAUCUGCUCAUCGGUCUUCAAGGACGCGCUCGGUUCGCUCUCUCGUCUCUUCCUACCGCUCGGGAUCCUCUAGGCCCAUAGAACUUCCAGAUGGUUCAAGCGUUCAUCUCCCUCGUCCUCCCUCUCUAUCGUCGCGUUCCUCGAGAAGUUCGCGGACUCGUGUCUGCCUACCUUCAAUAAAAAUGGGGGACCCAUUAUAUGACGAACGUCAAUUAGAAAAAUUGUCCAGAAGCAAGAGUGGAGAGAGUGAAAAUACCCUAGGUAGUGGGGUGACGGGUUUGGUUUUGGAGGAUUAUAUGCUUCCUUCUGCAGAUCCUCCUCCCUGUUUAUUACCGGCGCCUCAACGUAUACAUCUUCGAGAUGAAAGUCUGGUAGAAGAGAAGUUGGUAAACCCUUAUGAUGCGGUGGCUGCUAGCUUGAAGAGUGCGAGACGGACUUGA